CGCUCCACGCAGGCAGCGGGGCAGCGACUGACAGUUUCUCCAACCAGUGUGACGCUUUGUUGAUGGUCGAAGCUCGCUGUUGAACUUUGUCUCAUUGGACAGUGUUUGUUCCUCCUGGAUGAUCUUGCACCUCGUUGGACGUGUCGCACCCUGCUGCCGUGGAGUUUUUUAAGGAACCGUGUCAAGUCCCAGGUCUUGUUGUUGUCCGCUGUGCAGCUCUUUUUGCACAACAAUGCUCUCCGGCCCUGCAUGCUCUCUCAUCUGAGACGGCGUGGUUUUCAACGCAUCUGAGCUGAAGCUGUUUGGGUCAGUUUCAACCGGGAAACGUCAUGACAGGUGACUCUGUGGUCUGGAGAGGUCUGAGAUGGGUGAAGGCAGCCAGCAGAGCCCCAACAAGCAGUCUGCUACACCUUCACCCCCCUGGAUCAGCAAGGAUGGAGCAUUGCCUCCACAGACUCGCAUCAGCGCAGCUUCACAGAUACUCAACCGUGAGCGCUUGCUUCAGCUCCGGCUUCUCUGGAGGUUUAAACGGCAGUCUGGGGACGACCGGCAGAGGGUUUGGUGCUAAACAUGUGGAGUACCACAGGAAGUGGCCGUGCCAGCUGUUUUCUGGUCAGACGCGCCAGUUUAACCAGGACGGCUCCACAGUGGGCCGGCUGACGUCAGACGACAUCCAGAAAGCCAGAAAAGCCAAGAAAACUGAAGCCAAGGAAUAUAAACAAUCGCUCAGCGACCGUUCCAGAGAGAGGAAGGUGCCCGUCACACGGAUAGGACGGCUGGUGAAUUUUGGAGGCCUGGCAUUUGGACUUGGACUUGGAGCGCUUGCAGAGGUGGCGAAGAACAGUUUCAAACCCAAACAACAAGUUUUUUCAGGAAGCAAAAAGGCCGUUCUGGACUCCAAUCCUUUCCUGUCUGAAGCUAACGCUGAAAGGAUCGUCCGAACCCUCUGCAAAGUCCGGGGGGCCGCUCUGAAAAUAGGACAGAUGCUCAGUAUUCAGGACGACGCCUUCAUGAACCCUCAGCUGGCUAAAAUCUUCGAGCGCGUUCGUCAGAGUGCUGACUUCAUGCCCUCUAAGCAGAUGAUGAAAAUCAUCAACAACGAUCUGGGUCCGAACUGGAGGGACCAGCUGGAGUACUUUGAGGAGAAGCCGUUUGCAGCUGCCUCCAUCGGUCAGGUGCACUUAGGGAGGUUGAAGGAUGGCAGAGAAGUGGCCAUGAAGAUCCAGUACCCUGGAAUUGCCAAAAGCAUCAACAGUGACGUUCGUAACAUCAUGACGGCUCUGAGUUUAAGCAACGCUCUGCCUCAAGGUUUGUUCCCCGAGCAUCUGAUCGAGGUCAUGAGUCAUGAACUGGCCCUGGAGUGUGAUUACAUAAGAGAGGCUAAAUGUGCCCGAAAGUUUCAAGAGCUGCUGAAGGACCACCCUUUCUUCUACGUGCCUGACGUGAUUGACGAGCUGAGCAGCGAGCGCGUCUUCACCACAACCCUGGUGUCUGGUUUCCCCCUGGACCGGGCCACGGAUCUCCCCCAGGAGCUCAGGAAUGAGAUCUGCGAGCAGAUCCUAAUUUUGUGCCUGAGAGAACUUUUCGAGUUCAGAUUCAUGCAGACGGAUCCAAACUGGUCCAACUUCUUCUAUGAUCCACAACUUCACAAGGUUGCCCUGUUGGACUUUGGAGCCACGCGAGAGUUUGACAAGAGUUUCACUGACGCCUACAUCGAGGUCAUCAAGGCGGCUGCAGAUCAGGACCGAGAAAAAGUCCUGCUCAGAUCCAGAGACAUGAAGUUCCUCACGGGAUUCGAGUCAAAGGCGAUGGAGAACGCCCACGUGGAGGCGGUGAUGAUCCUCGGAGAGGCCUUCUCCUCAGAAAAAGCCUUCGACUUCGGAGAGCAGAGCACCACCGAGCGCAUCCACCAGCUGAUCCCGGUGAUGCUGAGGGAGCGGCUGACGCCCCCGCCGGAGGAAACCUACUCCCUCCACAGGAAGAUGGGCGGCUCCUUCCUCAUCUGCUCCAAACUAAAAGCUAAAAUCUGCUGUAAGCACAUGUUCCAGGAGGCCUACAGGAACUACCAGAGAGGCCUGGACCCCUAGCGAAGGACCUCUGUGGUAACUCAACCCAAAACACUCCUGAUGACUAGUUUAGUUUCUUAAAGGUCUGCUCCGACUCAGAGAAAACUAAGACGGCAUCGGAAUAUCUGCCAGUUAAGAACCCUUAAUUAUUUGCUCUCUGUAACGAGUAAAUAAUGAAUCAAGUCCAUGUUAUUGUACUGUAUCCCCUUAUCGCUCUGUGCCUGUAGAGUCCGAGGGACAAAUGAAAACGUGGAUCGUGCAUUCUGCUACGCUGGUCAGAAAAGUGCCAAAAUAAUUCAUGUCAGUCAAACUUUCAAACGUUCAGCCAAAUUUCUAAAUCUAAAACGCACCGACAUGAAUGACCAGAUCAGAUUCUGAAUGUAUGGAGAGGAUGAGACACUAUUAGAAAGGACGGGUUUCCUGUUUGUGAAUAAAUCCAAAGCUGAAAGAAUGAUUAGAAAGCCUUAAUGCGGCUCUAAUCUGUAGUUAAACAUUUGGUUUGUUUCAAAGAAACAAAAGAAAAAUAAAAUUGUUAAAACAAUUGUUGUCGAUGGAGUUAAAUGACCCACUCUAAGUGGGUGGCGGCGGAUUUCUCUGCCUUUAUGUCCCUUAUGGCUUAUUUCUAUUCUAGAGGAGUUUUAACCUGCAGCCUUUGUGCAGCAGGUGAAACGAGUAGGAAAGUAAAAUCUAAUGAAAUAGUUAUUUUGCUUCUCAGUGGCACCCUUAGCAUUAUAGAGCGAUUUAGUUAGUUUUUUGUCUGUCUUAAUUUAGCUUUAUCGUCCAUGGAGGUAGAGCCUCUGCAGCUCUUGAACGUAUCGUGUUGAUGCCGAUCAGACAAACAAUUUUUGCACCAGUUUCUUUUUUUUUACAAGGUGCCAGCCAUCCAACUCUGAGCCUGAGUGAAAACAAAAAGUUGUUACAUCUGCCAAAAAAAAACUCUUCUCCAAAGGGCUUAAAGCAAAAGUGUGAAUUGUUUUGUAAUGAUUUCAUUUUUAAUAAAUUUAUAGAAACAA